GAGAGACCGGAGCGAGAGAGAUCGGGAGUCGGGAGGUUAAUCGUCGAGCAUUGUCGAGCGAGAAAAACUGAGAAGAUGUGAUUACCCGUAGACAAGCUCUUCGUUAUUAAAUCACUCGCGAAGUGUCAUUGCUGGGCUAAAUGCGGGACAUGAUUGCUUGUUGAGGAUCAAAGUAACACGAUGCCUGGAAAAAUAAAGGUGAAGAUACUGGCAGGUCGCAAUCUGCCAGUGAUGGACCGUUCUGGUGACACGACAGACGCUUACGUAGAAUUAAAAUUUGGCAAUAUAACUUAUAAGACAGACGUGUGCCGAAAGUCCCUGAAUCCGCAAUGGAACUCGGAAUGGUAUAGAUUUGAAGUUGACGAUGCAGAGCUGCAAGACGAACCGUUGCAAAUUAGAUUAAUGGACCAUGACACAUAUUCUGCCAAUGAUGCGAUAGGCAAAGUUUACAUAAAUCUGAAUCCAUUGUUGUUGCCUGGUGUGCUGCCUUCUGUAAAAAAUAUUUGGACCCUGGAGGCAGCUAUGAACACUGCUGGUUCUCAAGGGUCAGUUAUGACUGGAUGGAUACCUGUAUUUGAUACAAUGCAUGGCAUACGUGGCGAAGUUAAUAUUAUCAUUAAAGUAGAGCUAUUCUCUGAUUUCAACAAGUUCAGACAGUCGUCCUGUGGAGUACAAUUUUUUUACUCACCUAAUAUACCAUAUGGAUAUCAUGCUCAAAUGAUACAUGGAUUUGUUGAAGAACUUGUAGUUAGUGACGAUCCGGAAUACAAAUGGAUUGAUAAAAUAAGAACACCUAGAGCAUCGAACGAGGCACGGCAGACUCUAUUUUUUAAAUUGAGCGGAGAGGUUCAAAGAAAGAUUGGAUUAAAAGCAUUGGAUCUUGGUGGAAAUGCUGUGAUUGGGUAUUUGCAAAACUUCGAUCUGGAAGGCGAAUCCGGUAUCGUUGCCAGAGGUAUAGGCACUGCAGUAACGCUUGUAAAACUGCAUGAUGUUCUCGGUUUUCCUUGCGACAGCAUUAAUAUUGAGGAGAUCACAUUUGCGCUUUCCUCACGCACGAUAGCGCGAACGGAACGUUAUUCUGACAACAGCGCGCCGUUCAUCCCCAUUUCAAUUCCCGCUUCGUAUCCCAUUCGUAGAAACAGAAAUCUCCCGUUUUACAUGCAGUCGACGUCGUCUCUAACGCGCCUGGAACGCGGUGCAAAGGCUCCUGGAUAUUUUGCUGGAGCGCGAAGGAAACAUGUCAAGCGUAUUCCCUUUUUACGAUCCAAUACGUCAAGCAUGGUGAGUCUAAGGAUAACCGCGUCCAGUUCGGAUGUCAUUCCGUCUCCGGAAAUUAGCCGCAGUUUAAUCGAUGAGACGGUGAGGUCUAUACGCACUAUGUUAACGCCGGAGGACGCGAAGAAGGAAUCGCCGAAAGAUCGUCUCUCCAAGCAAAUCAAACACCUGCGUAGCAAAUUUGACUCGGUCGGCGAAGAGAAUCACUCUGCCGCGAAGUCCGAUUCUGAAACCAAUACGAUCAGCUCGUUCGCCAUGAAUCCCGAGAAGGACAGAAGUCUUAAAGAAACCAAGACCGGUGGGAUAAUGGCCGCGUUACUGAUUGGAUCUAUACAUAACAUGCCUCUGGAAAAUAUAAAAAAUACUGACCCUAUUUCAGUUUUUCCCAGCGAAGAACAACCUAACGAAGAGGUAAAGAAAGAGACACGUUGUAAAGAAAAUCCUCAUGAAAAUGUGAAUAGCAACAUCGAGAGCGAAGAGCAGAAACAGGAUGUCGCGUCCUUGAUCGAUGAAACGGAGACGUCCUCCUUCGAUGACGGUAAUUCUACAGAUGACGAAUUGUCGGAGGACACCACAAGCUACAAUAUCUUGGACGAUUCGAGAUACUCGAUUGACAGAGACUCCGACAAAGCGGAGGACUCGUCGAGCCUCCAGGAGAGAAUUCCCAUCACGCACUCCAGCGCGGAAAGCUGCACAGAUUCUACCCUGCAGAUGGAAUCGAUGAAUCGUUCGCCAUCAAGUUCAAACUUAGCGAGCACGGAAGACAUCGUACGAAACGAUACGAUCCCUAUAAUCACCGUAGACACUCAAGACAGCAUAGACUCGGACACGUCGAUUGAUGCGUCCGGGUUCUCGAAUAGCGAAAGUCAGCUCGAUAUUACAAAUUCAUAUGUUCUAACCGAGGCCAAUAUCUUUACUUCAAAAUUAUCUCAUUCGUCUGAUAAUCAAGAGAUCGAUGACUUAAGACAAGUGUCCGACACUUCUGAAAACGAGCAUAAGAAAAAUUUAGAAAUAGAGAAUGAUAAGCGGCAUAGCAGUGUUAUAUCCAGAUCAGUUUCCGAGACACGUCGUGUUUAUUUGACGAAACAUGAACGAGAUUCAUCGACGCGGCUUAAGUCUCCUUCUUGCACUGAAGGAUCGGAAGAUCACAUGAACGCAGACAAGGAGAAGAACGAUCUGGCUAUCAGUUUAUCGCAUGUAACGACAUGGACCAGCUUGUUGAACGAAGAAGCUCGCGCGAUGGCGACCAUCGAGAAACGGAGAAGCAUGCAUGAUUUGAUCAAGCUGAUCGACACGAAGAUGAUGGUAUCCACGUGUCACAGCAAAAGAAAUGUAUCGUUGAGGAGCAAGAAGAGAAAGCUCGAGAGGAAGGUUUCCCGCAAGAACUCAAGAAAAUCGAGGAAUUGGUUUGACAGGUUUCCUUCCCGCGGCGCAUCCACGAGGAGACGUUCGUCGCCAGACGUCGACAGACAUCACAAGAAGGACGUUUUUCUUCGCGUUCCUCGCGUUCGCUCGAUCUCUGAACGCCUUUCCUCAGGUCAGCAUCCGAUUUCCCAUGCCACCUCUCGUUCCUGCGGCUCCUCUCUCGUUAGUUUAACCGACCGCACGCGCGUAUCUCCAUCUCCUGCGUUUCACCGUCCGCAUGACGGUUCAUCCGGAACCUCGGGAAAGUCGCCGAGGUGCGGCCGCAGGAAACCCGACGAGGUAUCCGCGGUGUCUGUUAGUUGCGCCUGUAAUCUAGAAAAAACAUCAUGUCAUAUUGAUUGCGCUAUGCCCACUAACAAUGCUAAUAUGACUUACAACUCGCGUGUGUCCCAUCCUUCUCCCGAUCUUAGGCAGCAAGACGAGACGUCGGUCAGUCCGCCCUGUCCGCUUCCGGCCGUUCCCACGAUGGCUCCGAAAAUAUCCCAGUCACCGGCGACCAGAACGCUCGCCAACGUGCCGCUUCAUCGGAGAUCAAGUGAUUCCGAUCUGAGCGUUACUCCUAAAGGUAACUCUCUCGGCAGCGACAGAUCGAUAGCAGGACCUCUAAGGACACCGACUGCGGUCGUCAGACCUAUGAAUCAAGACACGUUGGAAAUGUUAGAAUACCCAUUUAUUACUAUGCAACAUUAUCCACCUGGCUUCAUAUUACAUAUAGGUGGUCUAGUGAGCUCGAAGUCGGUAAAAUUACUCGAGAGGAUAAGUAAUCUGGAGGAGCCGGAGGGCCGUGAUUCGUGGUGGACUGAAAUUAGAAUGGAAGUUAGAUCGCACGCGAGAGCGUUAGCUUGCAACGUUGUUAUAGGUUACAAGGAAGAAACCAGUAUAUGUGACGACGUAUGUGUGCUGAGUGCUUCCGGUACCGCGGCAGUCAUAAAUUUUCAUAAUUCCGGUCAAGAUUCGGACGGUGUCGUUCUGAAUAAACUUCAGCAAGGUGGUGUACCCGCGGCUGCCGUGGAUUCGGAAAAGAGCCAGCAAAAGUCCGUAGCGAUGAAGGCGGAAAGAGUCGACGGCGACGUAUCCGUCGUGACUCACUCGGAACGGCAAAAUGGGAAAAUGUGCAAACAUUCUUCCGAGAGCAACGAUCACGAGGGCUCCUGCGGCCAGUCUCAAUUGCGAUGCAACUUGUGCCAUCUCCCUUAUAGCGAGGGUAGCGUGCCAUUUAGAGUCAAUGUAUCAAAAUGUGCCAUAUGCAAACGUGCCAAAGUCCCAGAUGUGAUGUUCACUACUAUAGAAGUGCCCGCAAAUAUACCGAUGACUGGAAGGGGCUGCUUCAUUCAAGCGACUGUGUGCAAAAGCAAAAAGGAUCUGCGGGGCGAACUGAACGCGAAGGAGAUAUCCGAUUGCCUGCCAUUCUUGGAAUACGAGCUACAUAGUUUAUUGUUGAAUAAGCUCAAGAUCAAAGGCAUGAAUGCGGUCUUCGGUCUCAGGUUGCAGGUUUCCGUGGGCGAACGACUUGUAAUUGGAAUGGCGGUAGGCACCGCAAUUUAUUUGACGGCUCUGCCGCCACCCACCAUCCCGCAAAUAGCGUCUGGAAAUUCGUGGCACAACGAGGAGCAGUUGGGGGAAAUGCAAAAGUCUAUCGUAGAAACGGUGAAGAAGAAUAGAGAGUUUUAUCGUCUAAAACCUAUCGGAGUCAACGAAGUCGAAAAUGGACGCAUUCCGAGUACUUCUGAUACAGACGAAUCAGACGAGGAUCUGCCGGAACUCGAUCUUGGAUUGGGUACUCGCGAUGCAUGUGUCUUGGAAGUGGAUGACAUCGAGGAUAUGGACCGGAUAUCGUCAUUAAUGGACAACAGACCACCUGAUGAUUUCCACGUCGUUAACACACAAACCAUACCUGGCCUCGAAGAUUUAGAAAUUGUCAGGAAUUUACAAAUGUUCACGCAAAUCUCAAGGGCUAAAAUUCCUAUGGGACAAUUCGCGUCGAUGCCAUCGAAAUAUUUUGCUAGAUUACUUCAGUCUUUAUAUUUUAAAUUAAGACGGAUGGUUCCAUGUGCGCUAUGCGAUAUGCAGUUUAAAGUAGCAUUACCCGAACAAGACGAGAUACAACUAACCGUUGUUGGUAUGGCACUUGGCUUAGGAGAACCUUUGAAUACGAAUAAAUAUAAAAGGAAAAUUGUGUGUCGUUCCUUGAGUAAGGAUCAAGUGAGAAAAUCAGAUGACAGUGAUAUGAUAUUCAGCUUAGACGAGGAUCAUUUAGAGAACAAUGUUAUAUCCGACAAUGCAACACGUACUUGUGCGGGAAAUCCCACAUUAAGUAGUACCCCUGUACAAAAGCCAAGACCACGUUAUUGUGUACACACACACACACACACACACACACACACACACACACACGUGCCUUUAAAAGGAAGAUAUGGCGUGGAUAUAACGCCUUUAUCUUAUCUACCAGGUGGAAGAAUAGAGAGAUAUCAAGGCAAUUUAAAUUUCUUUUUUAUUCGCGAAAGUACAUCGAUACGGGAGAAUGGUGGAUUGAGUGGUUUUACUCACAGUUUCGUAAUGGAAGUUUUGGCAAUUGUUCGCGCGCACAUUACAGCAUUAGGUGGUAACGCCAUGGUAGCAUUCUUUAUGACGCAGUGCGUGCUUCUUCACAGCCCUCACAAAAAUCAAGGUCAAUGUCUCAUUAACGUGGGUGGCGACGUUGUAACAGUAUCUUAUUAUGCGGAUGAGAAACACAGCGCUGUCUCAAAUUGCUGACCCCAACCUCCACAUUCAGCGCCGCCAUGAACAACUAUUUAACACAACGGCAAUUAAUGAUGUGAUUAAAUAAAUGUGACUAAAUUCGCCAAUAUUAAUUCUAUUAUAGAAUCGUAUAUUAUCGGUUCCGUGAAAUUUUUACUGCAUUGCACAAUGCCUAAUCUCAAAAUGUUUCUUCGUAACAAUCGAUAUUGUUAUUUAUUACUAAUUUAUUGUACAAAAGUAAAG